AUGAGUGUGUUGUAUGUCUGUGCUACAGCAAACACCAUCUUGGGAAGAAAAGCUUUUAUUUCAAAGAAAAGUGGCAAAUCUGUAACACAAGAGGUUCAAAGCGAAAGUGUUACCAAAGAAGGAGUGAUUCUUACGAUUUAUGACACACCAGGAAUCUUUGACCCAAAAACACAAAAAAUGAGUCCUGAAGAAUUUCUUAGACAACACGAUGGGCUUCCAGAUUUUAAUACAGAAAAUCCACUUGUGUAUCUGCUGGUGAUGAAGACUGACAGACUCACUGAAGAAGAGAAAAGGACAGUUGAGAUGAUUGAAGACUAUUUGCCAGAUUUUCUCAAAAAGAACACCUGGAUCAUUUUCACCAGAGGAGAUGAGCUGGAGAGAGAAGAUCAGACCAUAGAGGAACUCAUAGAAGAUUCUGAAGACCUCAAAGAAGUUGUUCAGAGAUUUGACAACAGAUACUUUGUCUUCAACAACAUCACUCCAGAUCCUACACAAGUGGAUAAAUUAAUAGAGAAGAUUAAAGAAGUAAAGCCAGAGAAACGAAGUGAGACAGAGACGCUUCUAGAAAGACGAACACCUGCCGAGAACAACAGCAAAGAGCGAAGACUGAUUCUGCUGGGAAAGACAGGCGUUGGGAAAAGUGCCACAGGAAACAUCAUACUGGGGGGAAAAGUGUUUAAAUCUGAGUGUAGUUUAAACACUGUAACAUUACAGUCUGAGGUUCAGAAAUCUGUCAUUGCAGGGAGAGAAGUGUCAGUUAUUGAUACUCCUGGAUUUUUUGAUCCAAAUACAAGUCCAACAAAAAUAUCUCUAGAGAUUGCAAGGAGUCUUAAGCUUUGCAGUGGAGGCCCUCAUGCAUUCUUAUAUGUGGUAUCACUUUCAGAGAGGUUCAUAAAAGCAGAUGAAGCUGUUAUUAAAAACAUUGAAAAGAUAUUUGGAAAAGAAGUGUCAAAGUACACAAUCGCUGUGUUCACCCACAGUGAUCAGUUAGAGGGAAAGAGUGCAGAAAAUCUGAUCAGACAGAAUGAAACACUUAGCAGGUUUGUUCAGCGGUGUGGAGAAAGAUACCACAUCAUGAACAACAAAGACAUGAAAAACAGAAAGCAGGUGAAUGAUCUACUGCAGAAGAUUGACACAAUGGUAGAUGAAAAUGGAGGAGGCUGUUACUCCAAUAAGUUGUUAGAAGACGCUAUGAUUCUCACAGUUGAAGAAUUAUUUAACAAGUACAAGAUGUUUUUCAUCUCUGUAGCUUUGUGUUAA